AUGGAUCAAGGAGGUCGUAGCGGUGGCGGAGGAGGAGGAGCUGAGCAAGGGAAGUUCCGGGGAGUAAGAAGGCGACCUUGGGGAAAAUACGCAGCGGAAAUAAGAGAUUCAAAAAAGCACGGGGAACGUGUGUGGCUAGGGACAUUUGACACGGCGGAAGACGCGGCUAGAGCCUAUGACCGAGCCGCGUAUUCCAUGAGAGGCCAAGCCGCCAUUCUCAACUUCCCUCAUGAGUAUAAUUUGGGAACCGGAUCUUCCUCCACCUCUUCCACCACCGCGGCAAGCUCUUCCUCGUCGAGGCAAGUUUUUGAGUUUGAGUACUUGGACGAUAGUGUGUUGGAGGAACUUCUUGAAUAUGGAGAGAACUACAACAAGAAUAAUAAUAUUAACAUAGGUAAAAGGCAAUAA